AUGUCAGCAUAUUGCAUCGUUAGUGAAGAUAAGCGUCGUGGAAAAAACCAAAAGAAAACAUCAAUAUGGGCACAAGUGAAGGAGCUAUAUGAUGUAAAUCAAGCAGAAAACCCAGGAAAGCUUGAAGCAUAUAGAAAAAGAAUAAGUGGAAUGAGUAUGAAAGAUGUUGAGAAUGAAGCUCAUAAGUUAUAUGAGACACCUGGAAGCAAGUUCAAUGACACGAUUGUUUUUAAUGAGGUUAUGUUGGAUGAUGAAGAAAGUGGUGGUAGCACAAAAAGAUCAAGGUCAACUGAAGAAGGAUACUAUUGUGUCCAAUCCAACACAGAAGGGGCAAGUAUUGGUGGUUUAACAAUUAACCGUCCAACAGGUAAAGAUGCAGCUAAAAGAAAAGAAAAAUGUAAGUCUUCUAAUGAAGUUGUUGCAGAACUUCGUGCGAUGGGGCUUAGUAGAGAUAGUGAAGUAGAAGUAAUGAAAAAAAGAAUUGACUUGGAUCAACAAAGGGAGCAAAAAAUGGAUGAAGGGAAGCUAAUAAAGAUGCAUAAUUUGCAUUUGAACACACUCCUACAGAAUAAGCAAUUGUCGCCUGAAGAAGAAAACAUAAAACUUUUUCUAAUGUCUAAGUUUUAUGGAAACUGA